AUGGCUCCAGUCGCUUCCUAUUUUUCCAUCCUCUUCUCCUCUCCUCACGCCUCGACCUCGAAAUCCUCACCUCUCAUUACACGCUCCGACACGCUCUCCCCCCUCCAAGCAGGUUCAUACUUUGCUACACGAGACAUCGCAAAGCGAGCAAGCACAGCAUACCAACCCGGUUCCGGCUCCGUUGAUCCUCACCAUAUCGACAAUCGCGGCUUCUUUGCCCUCUUCGCUCUCAUCGGCGUCUUUCUCGUCCUCGGCGGAAUAUGGUUCUUCUUCUGGGCAAAGAAUGGUGGCAUCAAAUUUCGCAAAGGUGAUUGGGACGACUACAAGUCUACGGUACUACGGCGUAAGGGCCCGAACGGCACAACACUGAGUGGAGCGACAAGGACCACGAGGUUGGGCGGAGGGAGCGUGGUAGCGGGUGGAGGUCAAGACAUGGAUGAAAAGUUCUUCAAGACAGGAGCUCAAGGGGGCAGGAAAAACAAGUUCCCAAGGGGAAACAAGAAUAAUGAAGACACCGACAUGCGGGCAUACCGGCAAGAGAAGCCUGCUCGUGUCGGAGGACUCAAUCGUGAAUCCGACGGUAUCUUCAACCAAGACUUUGCGUACUCUGACACCACGUAUUCGGAUGAUAUCUCGCAAGCACAGCACAUCCCAAUCAAUACGCCCAAGAAGAAGGAUUCGAAAUGGACCAAGCCUACGAAGAAUGCGGAGCCUACUCCCAAUACCCCGUCGCCGAAGAAAAAACCAAACUUCUAUGACCAGACGCCAGGCUCCAACAAUAGUACCGACUCUCACCGUCCACUAAGACCGAAUGCCCAUGUGCCGAGCACGGAUAGCACGCCGACGCGCUCGAGACAGAGCUCUCCAACCAAACAUCAUCGAUCUAAGGGAAGUAUGCCGGGCAGUUUCUACAUGGAGCCAUUGGAUUUUGAGAGCAGAUACAGUGCGACCAAUAGCGAUGCUGGGAUGACAGAGGACAGUAGGGGUACGAAGGCGUACUUCCAUCCUAUUCCUGGUCUCGGAAGUGAUUCGGGGAGAGCUGCAGGCGGGGGUUUUAGGAGGGGAAGGGGUAGGAGGGAUAGUCUGAGUGACAGUGAAGGUGAGACAAUGGCUAGUUGA